AACCAACGUAGGUCCGCCCCAUCGAGUAGUAUAUAACUUGGCGGAGCACGUGGUAGCCGAAUUAAUUACUCCAUAAUAUUCGGCAGCGGCCGGAAAUCCAAGAAAGAAGCUCACAACAUACCGGGAUCAAUGGAGGGUACUUUUUUGUUGAUUGAAAGAUCUUUUGAUGGGGAAGAAGCUCUGGGGAGGAUUUCCAAGAAGGACGUUGAAGAUCUUGGACUUGGACUUAAAGGUUUGAAGCAAUGCAUCAGAGAGCUUAUUCGGAAGCCAAUUGAGAGGUUCCACUUCUAUGACGUGGAGGAGCAUGUCAUGGAGGUCGUGGACAUCAGCGGACUCUCUUCUGUAAGGGUCUGUACCAAGAAUUCUAUCAGCUCCAUUGCUCCUCCUAGAGGACGGAACCACCCGCAGAGCUGCCGCAUUCGACUCAUACCUCCCCCCUCUCCAUCUCCAUCUCCGCCGUCUCCACUUCCUCCGCCGCCGCAAGAAACCCCCGCAGAGGUUCCAUCUCUGCCGUCUCUGGAAGAGCUGUACCAGGCUAUGGCAGAGCCUUACCACCCCACCAUUCAUUCUCCUUCUCUCCUCCCGAGGGCAAGAGAUGUUAUUCGUUUUCAAUUCUGGGGUCCUUUUUCAUCCGCCGUCUCCAUCUCCGCCGUCUCUACUUCCGCCGCCGCCGCCUUCGUCUCUCCUGUAGCCGUCUCUCCGUAAGGAAGCUAUGUGUGAAGUACUAGAGGAAACUAGAAAAGAGAACCGUAAUUGGAGAUAUCUGUGAAUAACGAGGCAUCGAAAAAGUCACUUCGCGUCUUUUCGGCUUUUAGCAGACUUGGUUAGCUUUUGGUGUUCUUUUAUGGAAAGCAUGUAGAUCUUGUGAUGAACAUUCUUGGACAGUUGGCCUCAGAUCUUUGCCUGCUAUUUUCUGAGACAUCUUUGCAUACUUGCUACCACAUUAGUUUGCCAAAAACUACAAAGAAAGUGCAGUUUUAUGAAUCAACCCUCUUGUCCUCAUAUAAGUAAUGUGGCUUUCUGAACUACAUAUGUUGAUGUUUACUGCAACUGCUCGCUCUAUUCCUCACCAUAUCUCGAUGACACUUCACAUAACAAUCUGAUCAGCUUAUCCUUCACACAUACAACAAUUGGCACCCACAUACAUAACUGCUGCAGGCGGCGGUGGCGUAACUUCCAUUCCUCACCUCCCAAGUUCUUUCGUGGUGCCUACCGACCUACGUCUCUCUGCUUUAUGCUCGCCCUUGCAGGGCUUGAAAAAAAAAAGAAACAUGGAAAAAUUUA